AUGGAGCUGCAGCUCGCGGCCGUGCUCGGCUCGCUCGCCCUCGGCGGCGCGGUCCUGGUGCUGUUCUUCGGCAAGUGGUGGCAGCCGCUGGCCGGCACCGACCGGCGCGUCAAGGAGCUGGCCGACGCGGUGGAGGCCCUGCUGCGGCAGCGGGCCGAGGUGCUGGGCCACGACCCGGCGCCGUCGUCGGAUCCCGUGCGCGCGUGGCUGCGGCGCGUGCAGGAGGCGCAGGACGAGUUGGCGUCCAUCAAGGCGCGGCACGACGGCGGGCAGCUGUACGUGGUCCGCCUGGUGCAGUACCUCUUCCUCCCGACGGGCCCCGUCGCGGGCCUGGCCGAGCAGCAGCUCAAGGCUUUGUGGGCGCUCCGGGAGCAGGGCGCCGCGAUCCUCGACGCCGCGCUGGCCACGCCGCAGGCGCCGCCGCCUCUGCUCUGCGACCCCGAGGAGCUGGAGGGCCUCCCCGCGGAGGCGGGGCCCGCGAGGGCCUACCUCAACGAGGCACUCCGCUUCCUCGGCGACUGCGACGCCGCGCUCGGCGUCUGGGGCGCCGGCGGCGUGGGCAAGAGCACGGUGCUCAAGCUGGUGCGCGAGGUGUGCGGCCGCGUCGCGCGCUUCGACCACGUCGUGCUCGUCGCCGCCUCCAGGGACUGCACGGUGGCCAAGCUCCAGAGGGAGGUCGUGUCCGUGCUCGGCCUGCGCGACGCGCCCACGGAGCAGGCGCAGGCCGCCGGGAUCCUGAGCUUCCUCAGGGACAAGAGCUUCCUCUUGCUGUUGGACGGCGUUUGGGAACGCCUGGACCUGGAGAGGGUCGGCAUCCCGCAGCCCCUCGGCAUGGCCAACGGCAAGGUGAGGAAGAUCAUAGUGGCGUCGAGGAGCGAGGCGCUGUGCGCUGACAUGGGCUGCCGCAAGAAGAUCAAGAUGGAGUGCUUCAACGAGGAGGAUGCGUGGAGCCUGUUUCAAGCUAAUGUUGGCGGCGACACCAUUCAUGGCCACACUCAAAUUCCUGCACUUGCUAGACAGGUCGCUGCCGAAUGCAAGUGCUUGCCUCUGGCUCUCGUCACCGUCGGCCGCGCCAUGUCAAAUAAGCGCACACCAGAGGAGUGGUCCAACGCACUCGACACCCUCAAGGCGUCGCUGCCCUCCGGCACGCCCGGCUUGGACAAGAGCACGCACGCGCUACUGAAGUUCUGCUACGACAAUCUGGAGAGCGACAUGGUGAGGAAAUGCUUCCUGACCUGCGCGCUAUGGCCGGAGGACCACAACGUCUUCAAGGAGGAGCUCGUGCAGAGCUGGAUCGGACUCGGCCUGCUCCCGGAUCUCGGCGACAUCGAAGAGGCCCACAGGUUCGGGCUCUCGUUGAUUGCCAUCCUGAAGGACGCGCGCCUGCUGGAGCCGGGGCACAACCACCGCUACAACAUGUUCCCGUCAGACACUCACGUCAGGCUGCACGACGUCGUGCGCGACGCGGCGCUCCGGUUCGCUUCCGGCAGGUGGCUGGUCCGUGCAGGCGCCGGGCUCAGGGAGCCCCCGCGCGAGGAGGUGCUGUGGCGUGGCGCGCAGCGCGUGUCCCUGAUGCACAACACCAUCGAGGACGCCCCGGCGAAGGUGGGCAGCGCCCUCGGGGACGCGCAGCCGGCGUCGCUGAUGCUCCAGUUCAACAAGGCCCUGCCGAAGAGAAUGCUCCAGGCGAUCCAGCAUUUCACCAAGCUCACGUACCUGGACCUCGAGGACACCGGCAUUCAGGACGCCUUCCCCAUGGAAAUCUGCUGCUUGGUCAACCUGAAGUACCUCAACCUAUCCAAGAACAAGAUCCUGUCGCUGCCGAUGGAGCUGGGCAACCUGGGCCAGCUCGAGUACUUCUACCUGCGGGACAACUACUACAUCCAGAUCACGAUACCACCGGGGCUGAUCUCGCGGCUUGGGAAGCUGCAGGUGCUGGAGCUGUUCACCGCGAGCAUCGUCUCCGUCGCGGACAACUACGUCGCGCCAGUCCUUGACGACCUCGAGAGCAGCGGCGCGCGCAUGGCGUCGCUCAGCAUCUGGCUUGACGCCACCCGCGACGUGGAGCGCCUCGCGCGGCUAGCGCCCGGCGUGCGCGCCCGGUCGCUCCACCUGCGCAAGCUAGAAGGGGCGCGCGCGGUUCCGCUGCUGGCCGCGGAGCACGCUCCGGAGCUUGGUGGCGUGCAGGAGAGCCUGCGGGAGCUGGCGGUCUACUCGUCCGACGUCGAGGAGAUCGCAGCCGAUGCGCACAUGCCCAGGCUGGAGAUCAUCAAGUUUGGGUUCCUCACGAAGCUGUGCGUCAUGGCUUGGUCUCAGGCCGCCGGGUCCAACCUCCGCGAUGUCGGCAUGGGCGCGUGCCACAGCCUAACGCACGUGACGUGGGUGCAGCACCUCCCCUGCCUAGAGUCGCUGAACCUCAGCGGGUGCAACGGGCUGACGAAGCUGCUGGGUGGCGCGGAGGACGGCGGCAGUGCCACGGAGGAGGUGGUCGUGUUCCCGCGGCUGAGGGUGCUGGCCCUACUGGGGCUGCCGAAGCUGGAGGCCAUCCGAGCCCAGGGGGAGUGCGCGUUCCCGGAUCUGCGGCGCCUACAGACGAGGGGGUGCCCGCGGCUGAAGAGGAUUCCGAUGCGCCCGGCGCGCGGGCAGCAGGGUACCGUGCGGAUCGAGUGCGACAAGCAUUGGUGGAACGCGCUACAGUGGGCGGGCGAGGACGCCAAGGCCUGCUUCGUCCCCGUGGUCUGA